CUGAUAAAUUUAAUCAGCACCAAAUCCACACACAUGUUCCGACGCGUCGUGGUUGUCCCUUGGGUCUUACCGUGCCCCGCCUCCUGACGCGUGACAGGGGCGCGCAUCAGGGGUAUAAAAUUAAUUCACUCUCAUUAACCACCAGAACCAAAACAAGUGAAGACCAGCGUCCAGGACAUAGGGAAGAGCGAGGACUUUGCUUGGACUGCUAUACCUUUUCAUACUAAUUUUAUGGUGUGACUGCAAGGAUUUUUUUCUAUCCUGGUUUUUGGGAAUACGCGCCUGUCACAUUUCUAUUGGACACAACGAAUGCAAACACCUGCGGAUUGUUGUAUAGCUACCAACCAAACACCUGGCGGAAAUGGCCUCGCUACCUCUUAGAUGUGUCUUUGCUUUGGCUGUAGUGCAAGUGGUAUCAUCUUCUGGUGUGUUCGAGCUGAAAGUCCAUUCGUUCAACACUGCUCAGCGCAUAUGCAGAAGGCAUAGGGACUGUCACAUCUUUUUCAGAAUUUGUCUCAAACACUCAGAGGACGUCAUCCAUGCGGAGCCACCAUGCACUUUUGGAACAGGACACACCAACGUCAUAAGCGCAGAUCAGACCUCAAUUUCCAGCAGCGCUCCUAUUAGAAUACCGUUCCAUUUUAAGUGGCCGGGAACAUUUUCGCUGAUCAUUGAAGCAUGGAACGCAGAAAUCCCUACAGAAUACACAGACAACCAAAACAACCUGGUCAGCCGCUUGGCUACCAGAAGAAGACUGGCCAUAGGCGAGGACUGGUCUCAAGACGUCCACUUCGGAGAGCAGAGCGAGCUGCGCUACUCCUAUCACGCAUUCUGUGACGAGUACUACUUUGGCGACAGCUGCGCCGAAUACUGCAGACCCCGCGAUGACACUCUGGGCCACUACAACUGUGACGUGGAGGGAAACAAACAAUGUCUGGAGGGCUGGAAGGGCAACUACUGUUCUGAUCCCAUCUGUUCGGCAGACUGCAGCGCGAGGCAUGGCUACUGCGAGGCCCCUGGGGACUGCAAGUGCAGAAUGGGUUGGCAGGGGCCCUCGUGCAACGAGUGUGUGCGCUACCCGGGCUGCCUCCAUGGCACCUGCGUCCAGCCGUGGCAAUGUGACUGCAAGGAGGGCUGGGGUGGCCUCUUCUGCGACCAGGACCUCAACUACUGCACCAACCAUCGGCCGUGUGCCAACGGUGCCACCUGUACCAACACAGGCCAGGGCAGCUUCACCUGUAUCUGCCGCCCGGGCUACGGUGGCACCAACUGUGAGCUGGAGACCAACGAGUGUGACAGCAACCCCUGCAAGAACGGAGGCAGCUGCAAUGACCUGGAGAACGACUACUCAUGCACCUGCCCCCAGGGCUUCUAUGGGAAGAACUGUGAGAUCAUCGCCAUGACAUGUGCCGAUGGGCCCUGUUUCAAUGGAGGCACCUGCAUGGAGAUGCUGACGGGGGGCUAUUCCUGCCGUUGCCCUCCCACCUACACUGGCUCCAACUGCGAGAAAAAACUGGACCGCUGCAGCAACAGCCCCUGUCUGAAUGGUGGUGAGUGUCUAGACCUGGGUCAAAGCGUGCUGUGCCGCUGCCACUCUGGCUUUACCGGCGCCAACUGCCAAUUCAACAUCGACAACUGUGCUUCAGCGCCGUGCCAGAACGCUGGCACCUGCCAGGACGGUGUGGACGACUACACCUGCUCAUGCACACUGGGCUACGCCGGCAAGAACUGUAGCCUGCGCUCAGAUGCCUGUGGCCGCGGUGCCAGCGCCCAGCCCUGCCAGAAUGGCGGCACUUGCUUCACCCACUUCACGGGGCCCGUGUGCCAGUGCCCGCCGGGUUUCAUGGGACCCAGCUGCGAGUUCACGCUGCAGCCCAGCUUCCAUCCUGCCCCCCGACUGACCAAUAAACCUUCCUCCACCGCCCUGACAGCCUCCUGUGUCCUGGCGUUACUCGCCCUUGGCCUGGCGAUGGGCAUUGUGGUGCUGCGGCGGCGCCGGCUGAGUGGCAGGAAGCAGCUGAACGACACGGCGGUGUUCAACGACCUGAAGACUGGGAUCAACCGCUUCCCCAGCGAGAGAGAGGCUUUCAUGGCGGCUAGUGGCCUGUUCAAGAUCAGCAACAGUGACCCGCGCCUCAGCAUGGCAUCACUUGCAUCGCUUAGACCCACAGAUGACAGGACGGGCCGGGGACUUGGGGGGGAGCGCCACUCAUUCUCCCCUGGACAGGACUACCUCUGGAGGGGGGACAGCGGGUCUGGGCUGAGAUGAGCCACUGGCCUGGACCCAAGAUGGACAGAAAAAGGAGACUGGACAGCCAAACACCUGGGGAGGGAGAGACAAAAACUGGGAGGAAGAACAAGGGAUCAUUAGCACUUAUUUUUCUCUCUUUUUGAAAUGUUAAGUUAAUGAAGAAAAAGACAAACUGCUUGAAUGUUUGGAAAUUAUUCCCCUCAUUCUGAAAAUGUUUGCUACACAUUUUGACAAAAUUGUUUUGGGAAAACAACCUUGUGUCAUGAAGAAGAAUAGUAAAUGACCUCUUGAAGUAUGGGAACUUUAGGAAAUCUCCUCAGAGAAAGGUCUUCCAUGUCAAAUAACCCAAAGAGAUGACUAUCAAUUCCACAUAACUACUUACGAUGGACACUGACCUAUCAAUGCACUUGCUCCAACACAGUGAUAUUGACCAAAUGACUCUGGAAGAACCAUUUAAACCAAAUACAGGAAGACCUGAUUCUCUGACCUGUACUUUUUUUGGAAGACAAUAGACUGUUAUCAAUGACCUUCAAGGAGAUGAAUACAGCAAAUAUAUUCAACUUUUUCCACUGUUUUUGGUUGUAAGCUCAUUUCACCAGAUCUCUGAUAUUAGCAAUUCCAAAAGAUAAAACAUAUAUAUUUUUUAUUUUAAAAUUAACUAUUAUUUUGUCAACAUACCAUUUCCUAAGAUGAAACUAUCAGUCGUUAUACCAUCAUUUUAUUUAUGUUAUUUAUUAAACUCAGCAAAAAAAUAAAUGUCCCUUUUUCAGGACCCUGUCUUUCAAAGACAAUUUGUAAAAAUCCAAAUA